AUGGCGGCCAGGUUGGUGUGUGUCUCUGUGCUGUGGUUGUGUGUUUGUGUGUCACUGGUAGAGGAUGUGUCUCCUGCUCUGUUUCAGGUCCUUUUGUGUGCGCUGCACCAGAUGCUGAAUGCUGGGUCAGAGAGAGAGAGAGAGAGAGAGAGAGAGAGAGAGAGAGAGAGAUAAAGAGCAGCCUGCAUGCAGCAGAAUCAGUGAGAGAGAGAGCUGACUCUGAUACUAUGUUCUUCACACUCGUCUGUUGGAUGAGUUGUGAAAAUCUUAUCUCCUCAUCUGUCUCACAGAUACAAGCUGACAAUGGGGAUGGAGAGUCUAAUCGAAGCCUUUUAAGAAUUAGAAUGUGAAGUUAAGACUUAUUUAACUGAGCUGUCACAGUUAGUGGACUGUAUAAUACUUCAUGUGAUUUCUGCCUGGUGUGUUCAGUGACAUACCUGCAGAUGUGAUGAUGUGGAUGGUGCAGAGAGGCUGACCUCUGCAGCAGCGCAGGCAGCGGGGCAUGCAGCUCCGCUCUGUAAUGUAGCGGUGAGACUGGUAAAGAUUUUGGUCCAGAGUUGAGACGUAACAGAUUGAUCUGAUGAUGGGGUUCUUGUGAAUUGUAAAUAAACACAGAGUCAAUUUAAGCCAAUUUUCGCUCUGGAUUACAAGGAUUGUUUCCAUCGGCACCCAUCAUAGAACAAAAUACUGAUCUUUCUUUAACAUCUCUGAAUUAUAUGUGUAUACCCAUUAAGACAGUGAACCUCAGAGUCUUUAUGGCUGCACUCAUCACUAGUUUCACUCCGUAUGUUUACAUGUGGUUAUAGCCCAAUUAGGGGAUCGAGUCCUUGUCCUAGUUUACAAGCACGCGACAAGAAUUAAAUCAUUUACUGCAGCAUGUCUGUCUCUGCUAUUGUGGGUGGUGACAUGAUGACUCCUUAUAGCUUGUUACCAGCAAGUACCAUCAAGGCAUGUCUAUCUGCAGAAUGUUUAUGUGAGCUCCCAUACAGUGCACCAAAAUAUUAAGUUUUGAGCUAAGGAAAAUAAAAGUACUCACACAAUGCAAGUGAUCUGGUUCACACAAGUUCUUGUAUUGUGGGAACUUGUUCGAUCUCUCCACCUUGUUCCUUCACUAUCCACUGUCCUCAAAUCCAUCGGUAAAGACUAAAAAGAGCCCCCCAAAAUACAUUUAAAAUGAUUAAUUGUUCCCUACUAUCUAAAUGUUGUCAUUAUAAGGAACAUUAUGAAUUAUCUUGCAUGAACAAGUGUGCAUACUAUCUUGUGCAGAAGUUGUUAAUUUCUAAGGGAAAAGUUAACAACUAACACAAGUUCAAACCUAUUGGGAGCAAUUUUAGUAUCUUUUGUGCACAAGAUUAUUUUCAUGCUAGAUUUUUUUUUUAAGGUAAGUUACCUUAUGUUAGCAUCGUGUGUGCACAAAAUACUGCUAUUGUGCACACGAGAUAAGGGAACUGGGUGCAUAUGAGUAUAUCUUGUGCACAAUAUACUAAACUUGUGUGCAUAUUUCACAUACGAUAUAAGGUCUUGUGUGUGCAAGUUAUUAACUUGUCAGCACAAGAUUUUGACACUGGAUUGUGUUGACAAGAUAAUUAAGAUUUUAUACAGUACAAAUUAAUUUAUUCAUUUAUCUUGUGAGAUAAGUGAUCUUGUUCACACAGAGUGAUAACUUCUUACUGUUACAUGAUUUUGAUAUGCGCACAAAUGUAAAUCAUGUGAAGAAAAAAUUCCAAAAUGUUACUUUUUGUUGACUUUGGUGGCUCAGUAAUUUUGGAUAUACUAAAUCUGAUACAGAAUUUAGCCAAAGCUUUAGCAAUGGUUUGUGCAAUAUUAUUAUAGGAUUUGCCUCAGGUCAGCAUAUUACAGUGUGUAACAGAUCACCUGCUGGUCCUGCAGACCUGCACAAUCUAAAAUGACAUGUUUUAAUGUUUCACUACCAGCAGGAACAGGAUGUUGGGCUGCUUGCACCUUAACCUGGUUUGAUGACUCAAAACCUGAAAAACGUUGUGGAUAUUACAGGAAACCACAUCAGUCUUGUUUCAAGGCAGUCAUACAUUUUAGAGUCACAUAGAUGUCCACAUCACAUUUCUCAUGUCCUAAGUCCAACACCUGCUGCCUGCAAUCAGAAUUUGAAACCUACUGGAUGAGUUUCUCUCUGGCUGAUGUCAGGAGCAUCAACACUUUAGUUAAUCUCUUUAAGCAACUAUUACCACCACCAAGUGUGGAUGACCUAUAUUCAGACAUAACAGAAGAAAACUAACUGGACAAACUAACUUCUCCUCCAGCACUGCCACACACCUGGACCGGAGCACUCCUGCCUGCUCACCUGUCCUGAGGAAGCGCUCCCGCUCUUCCACCCCCCAGCUGAGCCCUGAGGCAGACAGCAGCAUGGUGGAGAAGAGCUCCUCUGAUCAGGGCUCAGACCGCUCCCCGAACACCCCCGAACCACCACAGACGAUUCAGCAUCAACGCACCUGUUCACAGUCUGGCCAUCCCCCCAACAUCAGCACCAGAGGAGGAGGCAAGAACUCUAAGGUGAGCUGGAAACAAUUCAUUUCUUUGCAUGUGAGCGUAUGAAGUUAAAAAUGUACAAAUCUGCAGUCUGGCAUGAUGGACAUUGAGGCUAAGAUACUGCAGCAUACAAAAUGAGGCCUUAUUUGCUCCAUACAGUAAGAUUUAAACAUGUUCAAAAAAUUCAAACAAACAAACAUACAGAGAAAAGCUUAAAGACCUCAAAUGUGAUUUUUCAUCUGAAGAAGUACAGAAAACUGUCAACUGUGAUCAGUCAACUGAAGUCCUCCAAAAGCCCACUGGGAGGAUACGCAUUUCUAAAACCGUUACCAAAUUUUAACGACAUGAUCUUGACCCAAAAAUUAAAAAUGAACUGUUUUGAAAGUAAAACAAAGAAAGCAAUCAGUGCACUGUAAAAGUGAAUAUGGGGCCCUAAUGACAAAAGUGAAGAAACAAGUAUCACAGCUUUUUGGAGUUAAGAAGCCCAACUUCAAAUUUGGCAGCUACUGUAUGAAUGUGCAUUUGGUUCAUCUUUAUUAUAUGUCAAAAUAAUUAUGUCUAAUUAGUAUGUCUAAUUAGUCUAACCAGGGCCUUAUUAAAUGUCAAAACAAAGGUUGCUGUCUUAUUAGCCCAAUUUUAUUACAGAAAAUUGAUAAAUGCUCGUCCAGUGGGCCUGAGUUUAUCAUAAGUCAAAGUAUAAAAUCAGAACCAAAUUGACCACAUUUCUUUUACAUUUCAAAACCAUGAAGUUAGAGUCAAGUUGGUCCAACUUUGCCAUUCAUUUUAGCGUACAUACUCUAUUUUUAUUUAAUUGUUUUGUGGGGUUCAAAGGUCCAUAAAAACUUUGAAAGCAAGAACAAGAACUUUGAAAAGUUUAGAAAGUUACAGGUCAUCAGGUCAGUCAGUCUCUGCAGUGAGCUGUUGGGAUUAUUACAUGAUGCAGGAUUUAUUACAAACUGCUAUUCUCUUAAUGAGUGUUUACAUAACUUCUUUGGGGGUACAGUGACAUGAUCACCAGUAGCUGAGUUGUUUUUGGGUAGGCUAGAACAGACACGUUGGCUCAGGUUGUCUGAUGUAGCCAAUGCAUGAGCCUGAAUCCUAGACCUAAAACACACUGAUUAAGAGUUCAUAGACCAGAAUCAUCUUUAAACUGAUUUAAAAGUUCACCUCUUUUUUUCCUGCUGUUUUUCUCUUUAUGAUCAGCUGGUUGAGCUUCAACAGUGUUAAUACUUGACAGUGUUUCUCUCAGUUGUUUUACUCUCUGUUCUGCUCCUCUGUCUGCUUCCCUCCAUGAUGAUGUGACAACAGAAGAGUCAGAGCUGGUACAAUGUAAGUCCACCUGUUUGAUUACACUAAAAAUGUCUGUUUAGUGUUUUUAGGAUGAUCAUGUAAAAGUUACAUUUACAUGCUGCUUGGGUUGUGUGAACUAAAGGUGAUUAUCAUGAAUGCACUAGACUGUUUUGAAGACUUUAUUAAAUGUUUCACCGGUCCAGACAGCCAGAGGGUGCUGUUCUUACAGGGGAAACAGAGUCAUGGACCUUGUAGUGUUUGACAGAGGGUGAAUGUGACCUGAUGGUUUCACUCCUCUCCCCAGAGAAGUGAGCACUUUUUUUUUUUUGGUAAACCAAGGGAAGUAAAACUGCUUUCAGGACAGGAUACAUGCACUAUUAAGUUUACAUGCAACAAAAUGAAUAAAUGAAGAGGACUGACUGAUUAUUGGGGGGGGGGAAAGAAAGAACAAGAAGUCUUGUUACUAUUGAAGGUAAAUAAUGUACCUUCUAUAAAGUCAGUCUGUUUUUGUAACAAAGUCCCACUCUGGGCUAUAUAUAUAUAUACUUUGUGCUGGUACACACACACACACACACACACACACACACACACACACACACACACACACACACACACACACUUACUUCUUGUCUUUGUAUCCUCUGCAGGUCCUCAGUCCAACUUACAAACAGAGAAACGAGGACUUCAGGAAGCUGUUCAAGCAGCUGCCUGACACUGAGCGCCUCAUUGUAGGUGAGUCUGAACCACAUUGACAUCUUUAACUGCAUUCAUGAUUAUAUUUAUCAUCAGUGAGAAAAUAGAAGAUAACAAUCCAUCGAGUUUUGAGUUAUUGAUAAGUAUACACUCAAACACAAGCAAUGUUUAACAGUUUGUAUGCCUCUGUAUGUUCAGUAGCUCUAACUGAAACACUACUACUUUCUUUAUGUGUUAAAUAAAUGAUCAAAGGGAUGAAAGUAUUUUGUCUUCUUCAUUUUGUCUUCAUAAAUAUAUAUAUAUAUUUUUUGUCUCAAAAAUGCUUAGCUUAGUUUAAGCAUAGUUUUUAUCUAUUUCAGCAUCAGUUUGAAUUUAUCCCUGACUUUUACUGCCCCUGUCAAGCAAACACAGGCAGCUUGAAAACACAGUUUGGCUGCAGUAUGUGCUGUCAUCUGCUCAUGUAAAUGAGCCAAAAACACCACAAAAUUUCCACCCUACACAUUUUUUUCACAACAUUACUUCAUCUGCAUACCUUUUUUAUUUUUGUGUUUUGUAAUUUUUUAAUUUUAAUUUUUUAUUUUUUUUUGCAGUAUAAUACAGUGAAGCAUUAGGGCCACAUUAAGAAAAGAAAAAAAAAAUAGACCUUGGAAUUACUUACGAGAAUAAAGUCGUAGUGAAAUAAUUCCUUUAAAAAAAUAAAUUAAAUGAAGUCUUAAAGCUGCUUUUGUGAAGUAGGAAAUGGCUUGAACUGGUCAACUGCAGAGUUAUCAGUGGGUCAUUCAGAGAGCUUUUGUGGUUUCUCAAGAAACAAUCCAACUGAUGAUUAACAUUUGGGAUUCAGAGAGAGUCAAGCUCCGAUGAGCACCGCAUCUAUCUCUGAUGCCCAACACUGGCAGCAACCUACAUCUGCAGAGGCACCAACACCUUAUGGCAUAUAGAUUCUUAUGACAAACUUGAGCCAUUUGCUAUUGCUGUUGCUAUAAAUGGCUGCAUUGAAGGAUUUAGCCUCUGCACAGCCAUUUCCAGCCAUUUCCCCCUCCUCAAAAACAGCGAUUCCCUACAAGUGCGUCUGGUUCUUUCUCCGGAAAAGAUGCAUUUCUAGCAUAUGUCCUGAUACUUAUGACAAUGUAAUGCUGAAACAUAGUAACUGAAGUUCAAUUCAUCUUAAUUCUACAUGACGCUCAUUAAAACAACUAACAACAGGUUAGAAUAGCUAUCAGCUACGUCUUUAUUCCCCCAAGAAAUUAUUUAACUACGACUCUAUUCUCGUAAGUAAUUCCAAGGUCUAAAAUGUGUUCAUUUCUUAAUGUGGCCCUAAUGCUCCAUAUGCUUUAAUAUUUACGAUGCAUAAUUUUUUGUUAUCUUUUAGAACCUUCGCUUACACUCUAAAAACUCCUGGCAUGCUGCUGUGGCCAGUCCAAAGAUAACACCAUGGGCUCUAUUUUCGUUCGCGCCGGUGAGGCGGCGGAGGGCGGCAAGCCCCACGCAGUUGUAUUUUCCUCUGGCGGAGCCCGGCGUAAGGCGAGUUUGGUAUUUUCGUGGACUGAGUCGCACGGAGGCGAGCCGAGAUCCGCCAAGCUGGGCGUGGUGGCGUGGCAGGGGGAGGUGUUGACAGAAUCAGCUGGCGCAGUGACAUUUUCGUGCUCGCCACCGGCGUGUAACGUGCGCUGAAAGCUCGCCGAUUCAAACCUGGUCAGCUUUCAGCGCAAGGCGGAACGCAGCUGGUCUAGUAGUAUUUUGGUAGACCGGCGGCGUAUCGACAUACGUCACUGAUGCCUCACCGGCAGGUUUCCACAGCGUCAGGCACAUUUCAGUGCAAUAAAUAAUCAUCAACAACUAUUAAUCUGAGUCAGCACAUACAUUUAGAUCUAUAUCGAUAUAUUCUGAUCUAUAUCUGAUCUGAUGAGCGCGUUUGGCACGCGUUUGGGCACACAACCUGACCGAAUCAACACAGCUGAAACUGCAUCAAAUUAAAUUAAAUAUCUAGUAAAUAAACACACAUGAUGAAGUUAACAAGAUAUGUAAUGUGUCUCCCUCCUUUUCUUUCUUCCUCUUAUUUCUCGCACAGCUCGACCUGGACACGUCUCCGUGUCCUCUGUCCGUCUUGCUUGCUGCUGCGGCUGAACAGAUGAUUUGUUUCAGUGCUCAGAUGCGUGAUCUACUUUAAGCCGACAUACGGAUAUUAUAAUAUUCAGUUUUGUGGGCCAAAUUUAUUUUAUAUGCCAACAUCUAUGAAAGAAAGAGCCAGGCCACGGAGCGCGAUGCGUCAUUUACGCACAGAUGGUUCCGAUUUUAAUGCCAUUUUUGGAGUUUAUGUUGUGAUCUGUGCGCUAAACCCACCUUUGUCACGUGAGUUUUGAAUAUGUGCAACUUUAUGUGAGUGUCUUUAUUUGUGGAAAAGGGUGUUUGUCUUACCAGUGGGUCCAACAUUACACACACCAAAUCCAUCUGUGCUCAGAUGAAAGCGUGUGGAGGACACUUGUUGAGCAGCUGCCCUCUGUCGCCAUCUUGUGGCAUUACUGUCUUAAGACAUCUCUUGAUCUCUUUGACUACUUCAUGAAAAUAGUAAUACGCCUCGCCGGUGGCGGAUUUAAAGGCAAGGAGAGGAGCUUAUGUGAUUGGUGAAAACAGGUCUCGGCUGUGUUAAAUCUACUACACACCCUCUCUCCUCCCCGUCUACGACUUAUGCUGCUGGGAGGAGCUGAGUUAGGGAGGGGGGAUACUUACGCCGGGCUGCGCGGCUCACCAAAAUACCAAAAUGUGCUUGGGAACGCCUUGUCAGUGCGGCGGAUCUGAUUGACGCUGCGCUUGUGGCAGAUCUCCGGCGAGGCACCAAAAUAGAGCCCCAUGACUUUCCUCACAGCAUCUUUGAGCUUGAAUGCAACAUAUCAGUGAUCUGUUUCCCGACCAGAUCUUAAUCUCUUGACCUUUGACCUUAACAUAUUUGCAGAGUAUUCAUGUGCCCUGCAGAGGGACAUCCUGCUGCAGGGGCGCCUCUACCUCUCAGAAAACUGGAUCUGUUUCUACAGCAACAUCUUCAGAUGGGAAACUCUGGUGAGGACACUGAUCCUGCCACUUCUUUAACUUUUACUGUAUGAUCAUAUUGUUUUUGACCCUGGCCUGUUAAAAAAAAGGGUCGGGUUCCUGUGCUUAUUGUUAAUGUAGACAAAAUUUGAGGUUUUGUUAAUAAUUUAAAGCCUAUAUGUUAGAAAAAAAGCUUUAAAACACGUUUAAAACAUUAGGAAACAUGAGGAGUGGUUUCUAGAGUUCAGAAGGAGAAUUUUGUCUAAAUUUUACUCCUACAAGAGCAAACUAGACCAUCUGCAUGAAGACAAUUUUGAUGUAGCUCUAUUUGGAACCCUUGGGAUCCUAUUAAUUUUUUCUUUUUUUACUGACUUUUGUUCAGGACAAAAUUAGAUAAGGGAAAAGAGUCAUAACUUCGACCACAUGGAGUGCCUAAAUCAACACAAACGAACAAUUUUGUCACAGAAGCUUGAAGUAAUUAAAUAUCUCUGUGUCAAAUGAAUGCUAAUUUUUGUUUGUUGUUAUCUAGCUGGCCGUCAGACUGAAGGAUAUCUGCUCCAUGACCAAAGAGAAGACAGCUCGCCUCAUCCCUAACGCCAUCCAGCUGUGCACGGACAAUGAAAAGGUAGGAGCCUCAAUCCUCGCAGCAGAUGACCAGUGAAAACAUCUCAUAGCUGUGGAUGAGCAGGAUCCUCAAAAACGGUGAAACUUUUUGUAAGAAACUUAACAAAACGAUGUGAUAUGAUGAGAAAGAAUGAGAUGAGAUAAUAUGAUUCGAUGCAAUAUGCAAGGAUAACAGGCUGGUUAACUACAGUACCUUUCUAACACUGCAUUUGUACUUCAGCUCAUGUAAAAGCAAAGUCAACUGAUAUAACAGAUUUUGAGUCUUGGUGAUGUGAUAUUAAUAAACAACAGUUUGAUGAUUUGAAUUUAAGAAUAGAUUUUAUUCAGGCAUGUCGAGUCCACAGACUCUGGUCCACUAAUGAUAAGCUCAUAGAUUCAACAGGCUGCUCUCUUCUAUGACUCAUUCAGCACUUCUUCACCUCCUUUGGAGCGAGGGAUCGGACCUACAUGAUGAUGUUCAGGCUUUGGCAGAACGCUCUGCUUGACAAGGUGAGACCACCCCCCGUCUAGUCUUUCAACAUACUGUUCAGAAUCAUACUUAAAGAGGGUGCUAUAAUCAUUACAUUUAUUUAGAUUAAAUAUGAAAUAUGAAGUGAGAGCUGCUCCUGUAACUGCUGCAGCUUCAGACUCACAAUGAAAGAGAUGAACAAUCUGCUGCUGUCUUUUUUAACUUAAUUUCUGUUUUUUCUAGUCCGUCGCCUCAUUUCUCUGUUAUAUAACAAGCACAGUCAUGACAGAGCCUCCCAAUUAUAGUGGAUUUAAAAGACAGAUCUGUUCUGCGCCACCAGACCUGUUUCAUUCAUCCAAGCUGUUACUGAGCUGUUGUCAUCUGUUGUUAAGGUUACUGUUUAUUUCUGUUUACUCGUGUCCUCGCAGCCAUUAUGUCCCAAAGAGCUGUGGCACUUUGUCCAUCAGUGUUAUGGUAAUGAGCUCGGCUUGACAAGUGAUGAUGAGGACUAUGUCCCUCCUGAUGAAGACUUCAACACCAUGGGGUGAGUUUGAAAUACAACCACAAAAUUCCCACUCAUAGUGCUUCCAUCUUUCAUUUCAUGACACUUUUCCCGGCCAUUUCACAAGGUGUAAGUACAGUGAGAGGGUUGUUAGAGCAGACAGGGUGUGCUGGACCCUGAUGCAAAGUAGGGGGAUCUUGUCUCACCCUAUCAGGGAUGAAACUGGACUUUAAAAAUACAUCUAAAACCAUUAGUCUAACCAAAAUCGUACUAAAUUGAUCUUCUCAUUGUCAGACUUACACAUAUAGAAAAAUCCCAGAAGCCAGCAUUUAAAAUGUAAUCUGAUCACUAGAUGUAGCCUGAGAUUCCCAUUUCUACAUGUGAUACUUUAAAGUCCAAAUCAAUGCCACAGUGAGUAAAAAAAAACGCUUUACACAGAAGAUGCUACCCCCCUCCCAUUACAGCCAUACUCAUACAUAUGUACAGCCCUGUGCGGGCAGUGUGCAGCAGACAGGUAACCUUGACCUACAGCUGCUGUCCCGCUCUGUGGUGUAGGUUCUGUGAGGAGCUACCUGUGGAAGAAAACAACAAGCACCCCAGUGACGCCAAGGACAGCGAGGCCAGGUCUGAGAUCAGCCCCACCCUUCCCCACAGUGCCCUUCCCAACAACAACGUGCCCCAAGAGCUGCCCAGUACUGACUGCUCAGUCCCAGUGAGUGUUUAACAUGAAUGAAAAACAGAAUUAACAUGGUUAUGUAUUUAAAAUUGUAUGUUUGAGUGAUCAUUUUAUUCAAGGGUGUUUUAAAUGAAGGGGUUUGGAGAAACGUUGAUGCCACUGAAGUAAUAUAAUCAUUAACUGAAACAAACUAACAAAAAAAGACAUUGAAAGGUGGGACAACUUACCUUUUUUUAAUCAUUAAAAAGCCAGAUGCAUCUCAGGUACAUGCUCACUUAUCUGACAGUAACCUUUAUAAACAACUCCAGUCUGGUCUCCAAUCAUAGACGGUACAUACUGUGGACAAUUUGGUUCCACCUUCCAUCAUACACGAAUUUGAAGCUGAACUGCUCUCAGUAUUUCCAGUAUUUUCUCCACUUUCUGGAACCACCACUUGCCCAGUAGCAUUGUACGCACUCAGUGGGGAGUAGCUGUGAUGACACUCUGCUAAAACAGAGUGUCCCCCAGAUGAGCUACUCAAUCUUUAUACACCCAUAGGCUGUAUCAAGUGUCAAUCAAAGAAAACAUGAAUCCCCUAAUAACUUUUAGAAAUGGAUCUGUACAUAAAAAAGAGGACUUGAGCACAAAUCAGUCUUACAAUAACUACAUCAAUCAAUCAAUCAACUUUAUUUGUAUAGCACAUUUAAAAUAACCACAAGGGUAGCCAAAGUGCUGUACAGUGACAUAAAAACAAAUAAAACAAUCAAAAAACAAGAUAACGCAAGCAGAAAUACAGUAAUGCAAAAGAAUAAAUAAGUGUAUAAAUAAGGAGGCUCACAGUAAGUGCUAAAAUGAUAAAAAACAAAUUAACACUACAAUGUACUAAAAGCCAAUGAGUAAAAGUGCGUUUUUAAAAGGGAUUUAAAAACAGGAAAUGAGGAGGCCUGUCUAAUUUUCAAGGGCAACUCAUUCCAGAGCUUAGGGGCAGCAGCAGCAAACGCUCUGUCCCCUCUGAGCUUCAGCCUAGUACUGGGGACCGUCAGUAAAAGCUGAUCAGCUGAUCUUAGGGGUCGGGGUGGGCAAUAAGGCUGGAGCAUCUCCGAAAUAUAGGGUGGAGCAAGGUUGUUCAGGCCCUUAAAAACAAAUACUAAAAGCUUAAAAUGAAUUCUGUACUGAACAGGGAGCCAGUGUAAGGAUGCCAGGAUGGGGGUGAUGUGCUCACGCCUGCGGGUCUGUGUCAGGAGACGUGCAGCAGAGUUCUGCACAAGCUGCAGGCGGGCAAGGGAAGCCUGGCUGAUCCCUACGUACAAGGAGUUGCAGUAAUCAAGACGGGUAGUUAUAAAAGCAUGGAUUAAUUUUUCCAGGUCAGGUCUUGAUAAAAUGGGCUUCACCUUCGCUAUUUGACGUAGCUGAUAAAAACUUUUUUGUACCACUCCGCUGAUCUGCUUCUCAAAUUUAAAAUCCGGGUCAAAUUUAACUCCCAGAUUAGUGAUGACCUCUUUUAGGUAGGGUGAGAGGGAGCCUAGGUCGAUGUUGGGGGGUGGCCGCCACUUGGUCCAAACAACAUUACCUCAGUCUUGUUCUCAUUUAGACUGAGGAAGUUAAAAGAAAGCCAGGCUUUAAUGUCCUUAAGGCAGUCAGUGAGUUGGUGGACUGAGUUGGAGUUGUUCUGUGCUAGUGGAAGAUAGAUCUGACAAUCAUCAGCAUAAAAAUGAAAGGAGAUGCCAUGUUUCCUAAAAACAGAACCAAGGGGGAGUAAAUAAAAGGCAAAUAAAAGAGGGCCAAGGAUUGAGCCCUGAGGGACCCCAUGUGGAAGAGGAGCUGUUGAGGAUGCAGAGUUGUCAAUUUGAACACAGAAACUUCUGUCCCUUAAAUAAGACCGGAACCAGUCCAGGGCAACACCCUUAAUGCCCACACAGUGCUCCAGGCGAGAGAUUAAAAUGCUGUGGUCAACAGUGUCAAAUGCAGCAGACAGAUCUAGGAGCACAAGGACAACAAACUUUCCAGAGUCUGUUGUCAUUAGAAUAUCGUUUGAAACCUUUAAAAGUGCUGACUCUGUGCUGUGGAGAGCUUUAAAACCAGACUGGAACAACUCUGUGAUACCAUUGUCUUCCAAGAAUGGUAACAACUGGUUGUAGACAACCUUCUCUAGAAUCUUGGACAGAUAUGGAAGAUUUGAGAUGGGCCUGAAAUUGGCACAGAGGGAUGGGUCAAGGCCAGUUUUUUUGAGUAGAGGUCGUACCACAGCAUGUUUAAAAUCCCUAGGUACUGUACCAGAUGAGAGGCUACAAUUUACAAUAUUACGGACAUUUGGUCCAAUAGUAGCAAGUACCUCUUUAAACAAGCGAGGGGGGAUGGCAUCAGCAGGGGAACCAGAAGGCUUCAUAUGGCUGACUAUGUCCUUUAAAAUAGAGAGGGACACAGACUCAAAUUUAGAGAAGACAGAUGAGGGGUGCAGAGGGGCUGAAGGGUCAUACGAUGGCUGAGAGAUACAGGCUCUGGUUGACAUAAUUUUAUCACUGAAGAAGUGGAGGAAUUUUUCACAGAUUUCAGUGGAGGCAUCAAAACCAAGAGACUUGGGAGCCUCAAGGACAGUGUUUAUGGUUUUGAACAGAGCUCUGGGGUUGUUGCAGUUAAAAGCAAUCAAUUCAGAGAAAUAUUUAUUCUUCUCAGCUUUCACAAUCCUCUGGUAAUUCCUCAGACUAUCUUUAAGGAUGCCAAGAUACACUUGCAGACUGUCCUUUUUCCACCUGCGCUCUGCCCUCCUGCACUCACGCCUGGCUGCACGAGUGACGUCGUUCAACCAGGGCUCGGGUGUAGGUUUAGUGCGCCGGGUCUUCAGAGGAGCGAUCGUGUCCAGUGUUUGUAAACAGGUGGAGUGAAAUCUCAGUACCAGUUCCUCAGUAUCCAAACACACAGGGGCUGCAGAGUCAUCCUCGCAGAGACCAACGUAGGUAGAGGAGAACAGAGCAGGCGAGGAAGAGUUAAACAUGCGACGCGGUUUAGGUGGAACGCGCAAUUUAACCGGACACUGAGUGGGGAUGUCAAAUAAAAUCGGCAUAUGAUCCGAGAAAACAGCGUCACAAAUGACAAGGUUAGACACACACAGACCAUGCGAGAGCACCAAAUCUAGUGUGUGCCCGAGAUUAUGUGUAGAACCGGACACAGACUGCACGAAGUUAAAAGAGUCAAUGAGAUUUAAAAAGCUCCUGGAGACCGGCUCUUCAGGGCAACAAGUGUGGAUAUUAAAAUCACCAACAAUAAGGACACGGUCGUAUUUCGGCAGAAUUUCGGCCAGAAAUUCAGAAAAGUCACUUAUAAAAUCCUUAUUGUACUUGGGUGGUCGAUAGAUGACGGCGCACAGGACAACAUGAGAGCAGCCCAGUUCAAACAAGCACAUUUCGAAACUUGUGAAUGAGAAUUUCAGGCAGAUCUGCCGGCAUUUAAAGUCGCUUUUAAAAAUAACUGCUAUUCCACCUCCUUUUCGACCAGACGACCGCGGGGAAUUAAAAUAGCAGCAAUCCGGCGGGCAGAGUUCAAUAAGAGGACUGGACUCACCGGUACUCAGCCAUGUUUCCGUCACACAGAGAAAAUCCAAUCCACGGGACAUGAAGAAAUCCUUCAGGAUAAAAGUUUUGUUUGCCAGUGAUCUGGCAUUGACUAGACCGAACCUGGCAGAGAUCGGCACAUCCGAGGCAUCAGCUGAUCGCGGAGCCCGACACAGGGCCCGUAGAUGGCGGGGAUUCACCCCACGCCGGCGGGGACGAGGAGAGCAGGGGCCGCGGGGACGGACCAUCCCAUCGGAUCCGACGACAGGUACCAGCCAGGAGUCGACAGGGUGCAGCGAUCGCAGAUGAGGAAAGAGACCAGAUCCCACUCCAUUUCUCCUCAGGGAAACCACGGAAGAUCGAGCCAAAAGAGAUUUAACUUUCACCUGCUGUCCGCUGCGUUUGCCACGGCGGCGCCGGCGUUUACGCCGGGGAAAUGGAGCGAAAGUGCAGCGAAGGUGAGCAGGUAUACCGCAGGGGUGAAACGGCUUAAACGUCGUGUGACCACAGUGAUCAGGAUCUACUUUCACCAAAUCCUUAGCAGAGGGGCGAAGAUCCAGCAGUGUUUGGUGGUCAUACACAUACAGUGAGCUUACUUUACUGAUAACGAAAGACACAAACAGCACAAACAGGAACAGCGCUGACAGCGAGAGACGGCAGGCCACACACACCGGCGGCCACACACACCGGCGCCAUCUUGGAAAACCCUACAUGUCAACAUCACAAGCAGGGGGGAGAACAAUUUAUAUUCUGUGUAAUAAAUUUCUAAAGUUUGUCCACAGCUCCUUAAGGAUUGCUGGGGGAGGAGGGAUUUAUGACCUAUACUGCAGCCCAUCAACAGAGGGUGCUGUUCACAUGAAGGCUUCACCCAGCAAGGAGGCAGAAAGAGUCCAAUCUCUAUACAGUAAAAAGGAGCAGAACAUGUAGUGCUGCUGGGUGUGGCAAAAGGAGUAUCCCUCAGGUGCUCAUCAGUCUGGGGGAUCCUGGAAAAGCAAACAAAAAGAGAGCUGAGGCACUCAUGAGUGUUAUACUAAAAAGCCUUUAUUGUGACAUGGCUAAUCUAUUAAAAACAUGCCAACGUGUUUCGGCCAAACAGGCCUUUGUCAGGGCAAAAUGUUUUAGUAUAACCCUCAUGAGUGCCUCAGCUCUCUUUUUGUUUGCUUUUCCAUUCUAUAUACAAUCAGUGUUUCCAGCCCCUCCAUAGCACAGAAACACUGACACAUCCUUAAACUGGUUAAAGUGAUAUCUGCUUCCUCUAAGUCAUAUCUAUCAUAAAUUUGACAUUCAUUUUACUGCUAUACAGAUGACACCCAGCUUUACCUGUCCAUCAAACCUACUGCCUCCCCUUCACUCUCUUCACUGUCUGAUUGCCUACAGACAUCAAAUACCAGGUCUCCUGCAACUUUCUCAAAUCAAACAACCUAAAAACUGAGGUUCUCCAUGUUGGUACCAAAUCAGUUAUGACAAAAACAUAGUUUUCAGUUUUUCCUCACAAUCAACAAUUUCUCAUUUUAUGUUUAAGAUUCUGGGUGUGAUCCUUAACAGCACAGUAUCAUUAUGAAGCACAUCAAUGUCAUUCAGUCUGCAGUUUUCCACCUAUGCAACAGUAAUUACCUCCACCCGUCCUUCACACCCAACAGUAACACCAUUCUUGUUCACAUUGAUUGGCUGUCAAUCUGGUGCCAAAGUUUCCUUGAGUUCUUUACGCUUUUAUCAGCUAGUUCCUUUGGUAUUUUUGAGUUGUUAACAAGAUUGGAUCGAGUUGUGGUUCAGGACUGUCAAGCUUGAGCUUAAGUGUUGAUUUGUUAAUCUGGUGUUGUUCAGUUGUUGUUCAGGGUUAUAGAGCUGUUGCUAAAUCAAUGUUUGGUUGUUAAAGUUUUGUCCAGCUGUAGGAUUUUCAAGCUGUUGCUCAGUGUUGAGUUGAUGCUUGGGAUGUGUCAAGUUAUUUUCAUGGUUGUAUUUGAAUAUCUCAGCCUCUGACUGAAUAUUGAUCGUGAACCUUUUGAACUCCUGCCUCUUCAUGAAGGUCAAAUAUUUACUUAACCUCAGUAUGAUUGGUUAUUCUUGACCCUGCAGUAUGACCUUCCCCAUGUGGAGGAUGUAUCCAGUCUCCUUCCUGAUGCUGAGCUCCUGACUCCCCCUGUACCCGACAACCACAGCAGCCGCAGCAGCAGCCGUGCCCCCUCACCAUCGCCUGACCUCAAACUUGACCUCAAAGAUUGCAAAGAGCCACCCAGAGAGUUCAGUGACUCCUCUGAGACGCAGGAUGAAGGUGUUUUAUACUAACCCACACACAAAAAGACAUUUUACAGGUGGUGAAGAAAAUGAAAUUGUUUUUUCAAACUAACCUUUGGAGUUUGUUCACACAGGUGAAGUGCAGCCGUUCCACCAGGACCUAAAUGGCAGGCAGUACAUCAACAGGGUGUAUGAGUUUGGUGUGGACCAGAUGUACAACCUGAUUUUUACCGAGUCAGACUUCAUGAGGGACUUUCAGGAGCAGAGGAGGUUCUCAGGUAAACCCCUCCUGUCUUCUCUCUUCUUUGUUUAUGGGGCACAAUGUCAAAGAACACCAGGAAAUAAGAGCACACCCACUCAAAAGCUUUUCGCAUCAUAACACCCACAGUGGUACCUCAUAGAUUUUCCACUGGUCUUGCUAUAUGUCCAUGAGUGUUUUUGGAUAUAAAAUCUUAUCUGGUUGUUCUUUAAGAAUUGCUUUUGUAAUUCAUAAAAAUACACUACUUCUAAUUCAGGCUUGUUUUAUUACCUGCUAAAAACUCCUCACAGGAGCUUUAAAUACUGUAGCAAAGUACUAUUGCUUUGUUACAUGACACCUUUGUACUGUAGAAACAAGUCAGUUUUCAUAUCAGUGCUUAUUCUAGUUCUGUUUGCAUGCAUCGGUUCAUUAUCAAAUGUUGAUCUACUAAUCAAUGAAACCAGAGAAUUCAAUGUUAAUGGCACAGGUCACAUCCCUGUGCUUAUAUAACUGACUCACAAACAGAGAGAACAUUCAGUGCUGCAAAAUAUAUAUCGACCAAAAACUGCUCAGAGUCCCUGUUAAUGUCAUGUUUUCUCUCCAGAUGUGGUGCCCCAGCCCUGGAGGAAAGAGCAGGAUGGUAACCAGACCAGAGAGAUCAUGUACACCAUCACCUUGAAUAACCCUCUGGCUCCAAAGACGGCCACAGUGACCGAGACUCAGGUCUGUUUGUCACCGUCCAUAUCACUGUGGCACUUCCUGCAGCCGUCUGUGUGUUAGUCUGACAGCGUGUGUGUGUGUGUGUGUGUGUGUGUGUGUGUGUGUGUGUGUGUGUGUGUGUGUGUGUGAUGUCCUGUUUCAGACCCUAUACAAGGACAGUCAGGAGAAGAAAUGCUACGUCAUCGAUGCAGAGGUGAUCGCCCACGAUGUGCCCUACCACGACUACUUCUACACACUCAACCGCUACAUGCUCACCAGAGUGGCCAAGAACAGGUGUCGGCUCAGGUGGGCAGAGCUAUGUUUCAUAUUAAUGUUUGUUUCAUUAUGAAGGAAAGUGAAAAGUGAUUUUUAUCCAGAUAACUGAGUGAACUCCAUCUCCACAUUAAAAUGAUUAAGAAACUAUCUAUAUUUGUUUUUAUCAACACUUUCAUACAGCCUUCCAACUGUUUCGGAGCCAGUCUGGGGUGAAGUUUUGAAUACUUUUUCAGCAUCUAUUGUCAGUUUUGUUUUUUCUAGAUGGUCUUUGAGCACAAAAGUAAGGGCUGUCUGGGGAGAAGCUUGUUAAUAUGAGCAAAAGGACUCCAUUGAUCAGAAUGAGAAAAAAUGGCUGCAGAUGUAGGAAAACUAUCUUGAAAACUUUAAGCAAACUGUAAUACUUACUUUACGCCAAGGCCGUUGUAUCAUCUUGAAACAGGUCUUUUUUGGACUUGCCAUGUCAGUGUAGCUUCAAUGAAGGGUAAUGAGAUAUUCUGACGAGAAAUGAGACAAAAUAACUUGUAAGAUUUGAGUUUUUUGCAGAGUAGACAUAAUCAUUCAGUUUGUAAGUUUAAAGCAGUCGUUUUGUUGAGUAACUGAUGGGUUUGUUGUAGCAGUUAGUCAGGUAGUAAGACUGUGACCUCAGUUUUACCUCUGCCUGUUUCAGAUUGACAGGAAGUUUUUCAGGGUCAGCGUCUUUGAAAUUGUGACUCCCAUCAAAUGAGAAAACAGAUAGGUUUAGACAGAAUACAAUACACCUCAGUGUCUGGUGUGUGUGUGUGUGUGUGUGUGGGUCUGUGUGUGUUGCAGAGUGUCUACAGAGCUGCGGUACAGGAAGCAGCCAUGGGGUCUGGUGCGGAGCUUCAUAGAGAGAAACUCCUGGAGUGGUCUGGACGAGUACUUCAGGCACUUAGGUCAGUAACACACAUCUCUGACCGUGAGCUGCAUCCUCAGAGUUCCUGUCAUCUUGUCAUUCAUGUAGAAGAAGAUUUGACUAACCCAAACUGACAGGAUCAACACUUUGCUUUUUUAUUGGACAUGGAGAGCUACAGGAGCUUUUGGCCCAGGAGGAGGUUUUGUCUCUGGUGCAAGACUUUUCUGUCUGACUCUCUUCCCCCCUCACUUUGUCUGUUUCAUCCCCGGAGUUCCAGUCCUUCUCACAGUCACCAUGAAUCUUCUGUUUAUCUUGUAAUCCUUGUGCAGAGGUGGAGCUCAAUAAACUGGAUGUGGUGUUGGUGGAGUCAUGUUCACACAGGAUUGAGUCUCAAGAAAGAGGAGGCAGCCGGAGGAAGAGGAGGCAGCUGGUGGUCCAUCACCUGAGGGCGACUGGGAGCCUGGAGCAGGCUUUGAGCUCUAUUUCCAGACCUGAAGACGAAGAGGAGAACAACAUCAAACAUGUGGCAGGUCAGCUGAGCACAACCUCAGCUUUUUACAGAAGAGGAAUCAUGGGAAAUGUAGUUUCUGUAACAGUAUGUCUGUCUUUGAUUGUCCUGCAGGCUCCACGCAGACCAGACACACAGGUGAUGCUCCAGGAGGAUUUGCCCUGUACAAUUUCUCCAAACUGCUGGUUCUUGUCAGCCUGGUGUGAGUUAUUCUGUCACCUGUGUGUCAUAAAUGUCUAACCUGCAAACUUAUCAGAAAACCAAGUUUACAUACUGUCUGUCACAUCAGUCUAUCAAUCAAAACAAAAACAUUACACAAAGUCUGCACUGGCUAUCUGCUUAUUUUUUGUUCCAUGUUUUAUCUGCCUCACUCUCUUUUUGUCAAUAAGAAGCUGUUCCAAUUAGCGCCCCCUACAGGCUCAUAGUACUUUUAUUUUAGAGUCAGAAUUUGCAAUAGUAUAGGGAACAGCCUUGGCUUCUCUUCUUGUAGCAAAUAUUCAUCUGUGAGUGUUAAAUGUUACCGUAAAAAGACAACAGCGAGGGAUUUUGUCAAUAAACACUUUCAGAAGGAUGACAAACUCAUCAACAAUAUAAGCCUUACCUUUAUGUCCACAGGGGGGCGCCAGGGAUAACACAAAAAGCAAGUUCCUCAUUUGAGCUUUAAGAUGGUAGAAUUAAUAAUUGCCUUAAUUUAAUUUCCAAAUCAAGACAUUAAUAAAAAAUACCUUAAAUUUAAUAUGGUUUGAUUUUUUUUUUUUUUUUGUGAAAGGUAUUUGAAUUUUACUUCCAAGAGUGAAAAUGAGAUAAAUCAUUUAAGCCCAAAUUUUAAUAGAAACUUUUGCACAUACCUUGUUUAACUUUAACCUUUUUUUUUUUUGUCCCUCUCUGCAUCCAGGAUCUCCAUCAGGUACGUGGUCUUGGUUGUUAAACAUCAUCAGUUGACUCAGGAGGAGUAGCUCUGAUGUACACUGUGUGUUUUCUCUGUCCCUCCAUCUGCAGCCUCAUAAUGCUGGUGUUUCUGAACAUCAUGUUGUUCUACAAGCUGUGGAUGCUGGAGUUCACUAUGCAGAGCCUUGUUACCUCGCAGGGACUCAGACCACAGGACAGGUAACAGGGAGUGUGUUUGCUCCUCUUUUAAAACCACAGAAGAAGAACAGGACACUAGACUUGGUUUCCUUAUUUUCUUCAGAUCUUUAUUUGUUAAACCACAGGACAGUUUUCCACUUUGCCUGAGUCCAUCUUUGACAGGUUCAGGUCCAGAAAAGUCUUAAGUGUCCCUGGAUCACAGUUAUACAUGGUUUCCUCUUUGUGUAGUUCAGUUUUGACCAUGCAUUUGUUCACAGGAAAUAGAUUUUGGAAGCAAUUUUGAGCCAAUGCGGUGAAUUCUACCACAGAGUCAGGUCUGUUGUUGCUUCAGUGAGGAUCAGAGAACCCCAGUAUUUUUAUUUUAUUUUUUUGUCCUUGUUUCCUUGCGUAGAGAUUUUUGACUUUUGAAACAUGCAGCUGGCAUCAAAUUUAAACUGAACAUAUUUCAUAAAAUCAUCUUCACUUUUAAACAUUUACGUUUUCUUUGCACAAUUUUCAAUGAUAUGUAACAUUAAAAUGGUUUACAAACUGUCAGAUACUGUUUUCUUCACCAUUUUACACAUGUCUCUCAACUCUUACGGAACUGGGUUGUAUAAUCCAGGAUUAAAAUGUUUAAGGGGAGAGUGCUUUUCCAGAUGCAAGUACACAAUGUGAAGGAAUCACACAGGAUGGGAGGAGGAUGGAAAAAAGAUUUUCCUGGAUUAGCCGCUGGUUUAUAGGGAUCUACAGAUCUUCAGGUCUUACACAACAACUUCCAAAAAGUAUGAUAAAACAUUCAAUAAUCCAAAGAUGUAAAAGAGACAAGCAGAGUCUGUUUUGAUGUAAGAGAAUGACUCUAAAUCGUAAACAAAUACAGCAGGUCCAGGCUUGUUUCUGUCUCGCUCUAUACCCUCUCUGUUGUGGAGCUGAUUUCGGUUGUCAUCACUCUGUUCACUUUCAAGGGGAAUUUCCACCUUAAUGCCUCAUCUCUAUAUAUCAUUUGAGUAUAUUGUGUUUUUAAACAGCAUCUGAGUCCUCAAAUAUGCACACCUGAACCAAACAGUGCCCCAGCAUGGCCCAAUUCAAUCUGUGUCUUCAAAAUGGGCACACACUAAGAGUAAAACUGGGAUCACAACCUUAAGAUCUAUUACAAUUAUACACAAAAAGUUCAUCUUUAAGCAGGAAAACUGAGCAUGUGAAUAAAUGUUUCUUAAAUAUGUGUUUGGGUAUCAUUAGCUCAGUCUGCUCAGUGACUCUGAGGUGAGAGGUGGCAGACGGCUGUGUCAGGUUUCAGGAUAGUGUCAUUGCUAAUGGUCUGUGCUUUCAGAGACUGGUACCUUUCACACUCUGAGUGAUUACUGUGUCUCAUCAGCAGAAAUCCUCAGACCCAGCUCGAAUGGGUACAGUUCCUAGACUCCCACCAGCGUUACCAUGACGAUGAUCUCCAGAGGUGGAGAGAGAUGAUCCAGUCAUCAGUGCUGCUACUGGAUAAGGUAAGACAAACAUCAGAAAUACAAAUUUUGUUUUCUAUUGGUUUCUUCCCAAGUUAUUAAUGACAUAGAAAAACCUAAAUAGUCUCAUUAAAUACACCGAUACUCUUAAAUAAUUCAUGGAAAUAUUGUUAGGUCUCUGUCAGAGGCCCUUCUUACUCCUACGAAAAGCAAAUGGUGUAGACCCUUCCACUUGCAAGUUGUCAGGAUGAUUCUGACAGCAUCUGUAGAGUUAAAGGGAUAUUCCGGUGUAAAAUUAAGUUAGGGUCAAACACACGAGUUAGACACCUCCUUGAGAGAUGAAUAUUGCUGACGGCUUGCUUCUUCAGUUAUACCAACUUCAGCAACGACUGCAUGAUAGCAAUACACAGCGGUCUAUGUCUCCACACUCCAUGUUAAAUUUACGCCGGAAUAUCCCUUUAAUUAAGUAAUAGCAUCAUGUCUUCCCUGGUAAAGCCAAACUGGGGGUUUCAAAAAUGAAAAUAUAGGUGAAAGGUGAAUGAAAGUGAAAGCAGAGGUGUUAUUAUGCUUUAUUCAUGGUUAUGAAAUAAAUGUUGUGUUCAAAUGUUGGAUGUCAGUUCUACACUUGAGUAAAGUUUCAGUUUUCAGAUUUUAAAGUUCAAGUAAUCCACAGGGACUACAGGGAGCUCUGAACUGCUUGUUCAAAGAGUCACGCAGGAUUUCAAUGAGAUCAAUAUGAUACUUGCUCAAAUUGUGACAUCACCUGACACACAGUCACACUUUCAUGAUUUCAUUUGACAAGUUUAACUGUCAUUGUAAAGGAUGUACAUUUUAACAUUUCAGGGAAAACUUUCACCCAACUGUCUGUAGCUAAGAUUGUGUCCAGAUAGUUAUUAAUCUCUCUCUCACCCAGCUGAGAGCCUCUCUGCUCCACCUUCACAAGAGCAUUGGCAUCAGGGACUACAACUCCAAGCCAGACAGGAGAAGAAAGCAGCAGUCCUGA